ACGGCAGUGAGAUCUGCGCGCAUUGGACUACCAUCCCCGCUGAAUGCCGCGGACCAUUUUGUCUCAUUACACUCCAGAAACCUCUCCACGGACCGUAGCGACGCUUUUCACAGAAGGAGGAUUGUGAACAUGCACACCUUUUCCGUGCCUACCUUCGUGGCCGUUUACCUGGCGCUUUUUGGCGGCUACCUGAGGAAUGCGCAAGCGAACUCCGCGGUGCUGAACUCCAACUCAAUCAAGAAUCUACCCGGUGGCGGAGCUUCCAAUCCCAGCCAGUCAGUCAGCGUCAGUCCCCGUGCAUCACCCUCGGUGAUAGGGGUUGGGAAGCCGGGGGCCACCGGCACCUCCUCGCCCUCGACUUGCAAGGCAGACCGGCAGUGUGGAGCCAACGAGUAUUGUAACGAGUCCCGUGGCGCGUGCCUCCCAUGUCGUAAACGGAGGAAGCGGUGUGGCAGAGACGCCAUGUGCUGCUCGGGGAACCGGUGCAGUAACGGUGUGUGUCAGCCAGUUGAAAUCGACGUGGUGAGCCGCGGGGGUGCUGGUGGCACCCCCAAAGUCGGUGGGGGAAAUGGAAAGCACGGGGGAAAUGUCACCACGGAGCACAAAAAGAAGACGCCACCGCAGGGUCACAAAGUGCCCAAAGGUGGUGAGGGGGAGACGUGCCUUCGGUCGUCCGACUGCGCCGAGGGUCUGUGCUGCGCGCGACACUUCUGGUCUCGUAUCUGCAAGCCCGUGCUGACGGAGGGACAGGUGUGCACGAAACACCGUCGCAAAGGCGGCCAGGGCCUGGAGAUCUUCCAGCGUUGUGACUGCAAGCCGGGGCUCGCGUGCCGAGUUCAGAAAGGGGCUCAGAAAAAGCGUCGCGAGGCCCAACAGCAGCAGAAGCAACAGCAGCAGACGCAGCAGCCUCAACAGCAGCAGCAGCAGCAACAGCAGCAGCCCAGGCAACACAGAGACCUACACACCUGCCAAAGACGCUGAGACUCAGAACGUGCCAGACACAGCGCCGCCACACACACACACACACACACACACACACACACACACACACACACACACACACACACACACACACACACACACACACACACACACACACACACACACACUUGCAUGGGUCCCCAGGGAAUGCAGGGGUGGCUGCAGAGAGGGGUUAGAUGAAAUUUGACGCUGCGGAAGGAUGCGACGAUAGAAAUGGACUGAUCGUAUUUCUCGGAUGGAUGUGAAGAUGAAGAAAAAAACAGUGCAGCGUGCGGAAAUGUCGCAUCGGAUACUCUGCUUCGGAUACGCUGCUUCCUGAUGUCUAUCGGAAAAGAAAAAAAAACUGCGGAGUAAUUUAGUUUCCCUUUAUAAGGAAUUUGAUCCUGUCAAUAUUGCAGUAAAUUACUGUAUUGUAAAUACUAAACUAGAAGUGGCGCUUUGCUUGACUGGUGGACUCAGUAACAGUACUAGCCUAUUAUAAGACCUGGGGUGCUGCCGCAUGAAGCUAUUCUAGUGUUAAUGCUCUAAAAACAUAUGAUGUCUAUUGUUAUUAUUGUGGUUAUUUACUACAUGUGAUAUAAAAUGCCUCUAUUUUUAUUUU